AUGCGAACGGCGCUCGGAAUCGUGCGGAAGACGGUAGAGGAGGAAAAGUUGAGGUGGAUGCGUGAGCUCGGGAGAGCGCGGGACGAGGCGACGGAGUUGAGGAUCGAAUUGGCGCGCGCGCGGGCGAUGCGCGAUGAAUCGACGAGCGAAGAGGAUUCGCGCGGAACAGUGGUGGACGACGAGCGUGAAGAGAGCGAAGACAGUGAUCUCGAACAGGCGGCGGAGACGUUGAGAGAGCUCGCGGUAACCCUGAGCGAGGCCGCGAGCGAGCUAAGAGUGGUAGAAACGAAGACGCCGAAACGUGACGCAUCGAGACCAAUCCAAUCGAUGAAGAUGAACGUUUCACCACUGGCGGGUGAGACGGCUCGUCGCGCGCUACGGUUGAGACACGCCAUGAAAGCGGUAAAUUAUGCUGAGCCGAGCCUCAAGGUGAAGAUGCGGCGUCCGGUCGACGACGGCGAGGUCUCGUUUGAAGGAAUCACAGUGAAGCGCAAGCCGCCGCGACAAACGCCGCCCGCCUCUCCGGAGCGAUCGGAGGUCUCAGUCAACUCUCUCGACGCGAUGCGUCUCAGUCCAUCGCCGAGCUCAAAAUCACCGAGCGAGAUCAUAUCCCUCGUCCCAUCGUUACAACCGACGUCGAUGUCUUUAUGCUCAAAGACUGCUCCGUCGCCGCCCUUUGAAUCUCGACCGAGACGCCGGAGCGCCGUAGGUAUCUCCUACGCAGAACCCGAUCUCGUGCACAAGAUGCGCCGUCCGUGA